GUUAAGCAGUCCACUUCCCCUGCCUCCGAGGCUUAACUUUCAAACAACAAUCUCUCUCUCUCUCCAAUCAUUUGCAGUAAAAGCAAAGAAAUCUCAGACUCAUUAUCAAAUACAUCCUCUCCUUCUCCAUAAUCUACAGGCGAAAACACAUACAAUUCUUCUCAUUUGAUCUCUACCUUUUUUCCAUGGAAACCCAAGUCCCAGUUCCGGCGGCUACGAAGCCACCAAAAGACUACCGUUCCAACGUCGACACUUCCCGCCCUUUUCGCACCGUCAAAGAAGCCGUCGCCGUCUUCGGCGAGCGGUUUCUCGUCGGAGAGAUAUACACUCCGAAGCCUUACACUUACAGUCGCCCUCCAAGCCAAGAGAUCGCCUGGUUUUCACCCGGUAGUACUCCAAUGAGCCGUAAACAAGAUGAUCAACGAGAGGUUCUCGACACCUUAAAGAAGCUGGAGACCGAGCUCGAGGAAACAAAGGUGGAGCUGAAGCUGCUCAAGGAAAGAGAAUCCGAAACGGAGGUUGCGUUGGCUUUAUUGAACGCUGAACUCCACAAGAACAUGUCGAAGUUGGCCAUAGCCGAGGCUGCUGCGGCUAAGAAGGCGGCGGAGACGACGCCGACGCCGAUGCGGAGGACGGCGAGUUUGGAGAUGGGGAAGGGAGAAGAUAUAGCGAGGGAGGAAGAGAGAAGAAAGGAGUUGAUGAAGCGAAUUGAGAACAACCCGACGCUGUCUCAGAUACUGAGUAUAGGUGAAAAAGAAGGGUAUUUUGCGGGGAAAAGAGAGAGGAAGUUGAUGAAGAAGAAGCCCAUUGUUCCUCUGGUUGGUGAUUGGAUUUUCAAGAAGAAAGGGUCGCCUACAACUCUUCACAAUCCUCUUUAUGCCUCAUGAUGCUGAAUUUUUAAUGAUUAUAAUUAUUAUUUUCUUUAAAUCUCGAUUGAUCUCAAAGUGUUUUAUUUUGCUCUUCUGUUUCUAUAUCAUGUUUUAUCAUCGUUUAUAUGGAGCGAAAGCAUGGCUUUGUUUUGUUUUAGCAGUGCAUGUGUAAUAUAUUCCGAGGGUGUCUUGCAUUUGUGAAAUGUAUACUUAAAUAAAUUCAUCA